UGCAGUGGGGACACAGGCCCCAUCGAUUCAACACAACUGCAGAGAUAAGCACUUACUAAUAAUAAAGCCGCGUUUGUAUGUCAUUUUCAUGGAUCGGCACCGCUAACACAUAUGGAGUGUCCAGAAGAAAAGCCGAUCAUCUACACCAUGGAGAACAAACCGAUCGUGACAUGUGCUGGAGACCAGGCUCUGUUUACGUCCCUCUACACCACUCUGGCCCAGCAGCUGCCCCGAGAGCCCAUGGAGUGGAGGAGGACGUACGGCCGCGCCCCCAAAAUGAUCCACCUGGAGGCCAACUUUGUGCAGUUCAAAGAGGAGCUUCUGCCUAAAGAAGGAAACAAGGCCCUGCUCACGUUCCCCUUUCUGCACAUCUACUGGACCGACUGCUGCGACACGGAGGCGUACAAAGGCUCGGUGAAGGAGGACAUGAUGCGGUGGCAGAACAGUUUGAGGACGCACGGGUCUGCGGACUGGGUCAUCAUUGUCGUGGAGAACAAUGAAACCAAGAAGAAGAACAAGACCAACAUCCUGCCACGCUCAUCCAUCAUCGACAAGAUCCGCAGUGACUUCUGUAACAAGCAGAACGACAGGUGUGUGGUUCUGUCUGAGCCCCUUAAGGACUCCUCUCGCUCUCAGGAGUCCUGGAGCUCUCUGCUGCUGAAGCUGCGCACACUGCUGCUCAUGUCCUUCACCAAAAACCUGGGACGCUUUGAGGACGACAUGAGGACUCUGAGAGAGAAGAGAACACAGCCCGGCUGGAGCUUCUGUGACUACUUUAUGGUCCAGGAGGAGUUGGCCUUUGUGUUUGAGAUGCUGCAGCAGUUUGAAGACGCUCUUGUCCAAUACGACGAACUGGACGCUCUGUUUACACAAUAUGUCCUCAACUUUGGAGCCGGAGACACAGCAAACUGGUUGGGUUCGUUCUGUGCUCCUGUCAAAUGUUGGAACGGUCUUUUGCUGCGGCGGCCGAUCGACAUGGAGAAGAGGGACCUCAUCCAGAAAGGAGAGGCCAGUCUGCUGGACCUCAGGAGCUACCUCUUCUCCAGACAGUGCACACUCCUCAUCUUCCUCCAAAGACCCUGGGAGGUGACGCAAAGGGCACUGGAACUACUGCACAACUGUGUACAAGAGCUACGACUACUGGAGGUGUCUGUCCUGGAGGGGGCACUGGACUGCUGGGUGUUCCUCAGCUGUCUGGAGGUUUUGCACAGAAUCGAAGGCUGCUGUGACCCGGCUCAGCUGGCAGCCAACUGUUCACACACUGUGGGGCUAUGGGCCUAUGCUACUGACAAGUUGAAGAGCCUGGGAGAGCUGUGUGGGCUGGUCUCAGAGAAGGGGCCCACGUCUGAAGACUUGAACAGGACUGUGGAUCUGCUGGCUGGACUGGGAGAUGAGAGGCCCGAGACUGUCAACAGUCUACAGAGUCCUUACAAGAAACUAAAAGAAGCUUUAUCAUCGGUGGAAGCUUUUGAGAGACACUAUCUUGAACUUUCUCAUGCUGCUAUGGAGAUGUACCAGGCCAUCAGUCGGAUGAGGUCUGCGCGGCUGGUGGGCAAAAGCCUGGCUGAGUUUUACAUGAGGAAAGGUGACCCUGAGCGCGCAGAGUCCUUCCUUCAGGAGGCGCUCAAGUGUUACGUCUCCGAGGGCUGGAGCCUUCCUCUCACUCACACCAGGAAACAAAUCGCACAGUGUCAAAAACUGCUCAACCGCACAGAAGAUUAUCUUCAGACCAGUGCCUUGUUGGCUGGUGACGAGAACCUGAGCUCAGAGGAGAGGGAGCACUUCUGUCAAGAAAUCCUCAACUUCGCCUCAAAGUCUGGAGACCAGGCUCAAAAAGUCACCUUGUCCAUGGGCGUCUUUGCUCACCUCACACGGCUCCAGUUCCACCCGUCCACUGCCUCCGUCCAUUCCGGCGCUGACCUGCAGGUGGAGCUAGUGCUGCGCUGCCUCAUGCCUGUUUCUGUGCACUUACAACAGCUCGUGGCUAGCAUCCAUUUUGACAUUGAACAGAACACUGGGACUUUGGGUCGCUCCAAGGGGGGUCAAAGACUUACAAACCCCGGCAUAGUGGAGUUUACGCAGACUACAACCUCGCCACUCUCCUCAAAUGGGACGCCUGCUUUAGAGUUAGACGAAAUUCACGAUAGAAGCCCCACGGAUAAUUCACUAAACUCUACUGGAGUGAUUUGUAAAAAUACACACCUGCUAAUUCGGAGACACAACAGCUUGUCGCCAUCGGAAACGCCAAACGGUGUUAGCCCAUUAACGAUGAAGGAGGAGGCACAGAUGCUAAAGGUCCAGGAUGUGAGACUACAGCCUGGAAUCAACAGCAUCAAGCUAAAAGCACCAAGUGCUGACCCCGGCACGUACACCCUUCGACAGCUCUGUGUGACUCUGGGCCAGGUGCAGUUCAUUCUGCCUCAUGUUUAUCCUUCAGUUCAGUAUCAAGUCUACUCUCAGGAGCCCCAGCUCACCGUUGAGCCGCUAGAAGAGCCUCUGCUGGCCGGCCUGCCUCAGUUCGUUCAGUUCACUCUCCUGACGGGACACUACACUGUGAAGAAGGGCGACGCUCUACAGCUCAGCAACUCAGAGUCUAUGCCCAUCGUGCCCUCUGCCACGUGCAGCGCCAGGAUCUGCAACACUGCUGGAGAGCUUGUAGGGGAGCAAGUUUUGUCCAUCCAGUCCUCAGAGAAGGUGACCAGUAUCAGCCUCCCCGCCGCAGCCCCCUACCACAGCCUGGUGUUCCAGCUGCAGGUGCUGUGUCUGAUCCCGACCGGAGCUGAGAGGCUCACCAACGAGAGGCUCACCAACGGAGAGGUCCGACACCGACCGCGGAGCUACAGCCACCCAGACACACCCAUGACCGCCAUAGACCAGAGGAUGUCCAUAGACUGCCCGUGGUCGAUCUACUCCACGCUGCUCGCCCUCACCUUCUACAUCCCCUUUAAAACCAAACACUCGCUGCUCUCUGCUGGAAACAGGAAGUACGUGCAGGUGUGUGUGCAGAACGUGUCGGAUGAGGACUUCAAACUGGAGGAAGUGAAGCUCUCAGAGAAACAGAACUCUUCACUACAGCUGCUCUGCCUAAGCAACAAAACACAACAGACUCUGUGCAGCAAACACAGUCUGUUCUGUCUGUGGGAGGUGCGGUGGAGUGCAGAGCUGCCCUCCUCUCUGAACUGUCUCUUCUCCGCACACUUCUCGCCCCUGAACCAGGAGCUCUCAGGUUCAAAACCCUUCCACUACAGCUUCCAGCUCGACCGCGUCACUACGUUGUACAGCGUGAAAGCGGAGAUACUGCCCCCUGCUGGAGAGUCUCAAUGUCGCUGUGGCCUGCUCUGUGCUCUGGAGGUCCACAUCACACGGCUCACUGAAGCAGCCGAGGGGGAGGUGAUCGAGGAGGGCAAAGGAGAAACAGAGGGGUCAAAGACCACCAAGCUCAUGUAUGAAGUGGCGGACAGCAGCAGUAACUGGGCGGUGUGCGGGCGGAGCUCUGGGAUGGUCCUGAUGCCUCUGAGCCCGAACGCCACACACAAAGUCCAGAUCGAAGUCAUGCCUCUGUUCGCAGGGCAUCUGCCUUUCCCCCGAAUCCAAGUGCUCAAAUACCUGCCCCACUCUGCUACCCCCAACAUACAACCCGACCCCGACAGUUGUGUGGAGAACGACAGCCUCUCUCUCCUGGACAAGUCCCUGGACGACCAGGCCGACACGGCGAGCAUCCGGAGCCGAGGAAGCGUUCACUCCGUGGGCAGCAGCAGCGACCCCGCGCCCCCCUCCUCCCACCAGCAGAGGGCGCUCAACAUGCCCCGCCUCGAACCCUUCAGCCCGGGACAAGUCUUCAACCACAGCCUAACGCAACAAGUGCUAGUCCUCCCCGCGUCGGACGACCACAUAAUGGAAGUCAACGCCACAUGACACCAGAACUUUGACUUUAGGACUAAACCAGAACUAAACCAGGACUCCGAAAUCCUGUCCCAGUCUCCUUAACGUCCACACGGGGGAAGGGACUAAAAAAAAGCAAGCCCUCUCAAAACGUUGGACCAGACAGGAGGACUAGAGACCACUGGAGCGGGUGGAGUAUUUAAAUAGAGUUUCUUUGCCAUAUCUUGUACAUAGCUCAUUGAAAAAUAUUUGUAGGUAAUUCUAAAUAUAUAAGAAUCUAUAUUAUGGACUUAAUACGAUUGCACCAAAGCCCAUGAAUCCCGUGUUUGACUGAGAGCGCCCGGGCUGUCUGCGGGGAAAGAGGAGAUGGAAAAGGUUUGCACAAAUUCAAGUUAUAGAAAUUAAGAAAAAUACUGAGUCAAAUGGCUUCACUUCAUUUUAAAGGCGCACUGCGUAACUUCUCUGGAGAUGUUGUCGCUUCGCCUGGAAUGUCAGCAAGACGCCGGUCCAGCUUUUUCAGUUCCGAUACCGAGUCAGGCUUGUCACGAUAACUCCUAUAUCGACUUCUUGUUCAAUACAUGACAUAUGGAACAGUAUAUUUUUGGGCUCCGUAUUUAUCGUGGGGACUUUAUUUGCAAUACUGGGAGGGUUCUUGUAUUUUAUUUUGUUGUAAUACGAUACGGUAAAGGGUUGAAUAAGUCACUUUUAUGGCUAAUUAUUGCUUCAUUCUACUGUUUAUUUGUUGCAGCUCAGGCUUUUAAUGACACUGUCUAAUUAAAAACUGGUUUACUGGGAUUAUCCUGCUGUAUGUCAGUGGUGUAAAGUACUUUCAUUAUUAUCGUUUACCGUUAUAUUUCUCUGUAGCAAUAUAUGGUGCUUUGAAAUGUGUUAUCGUGACAGGCCUAAUCUGGUAUCGGUCGAUAUCAACCGAUACCAGAGCGAAAGAGUGAAACCGGCAUUCAUUUCCUUUAAACAAAAGACAAAACGGAUCCAAAUGUGUUAUGUAGCUGUUAUUUUUCUUUCAAGUAAUGACAGAACAGCUUUGUAAAUAAAAAUUCAAACAUUGUGAGACCAACUCUAACCAGUAAAUAGUCUUAUUAGAUCAAUUUACUGUUUGAACCGAUAACUGAAAGCCGAAAUGGUUCAGUAUCGACGCAUCCGUUCGGAGUUUGCAGCUUCGUCAACCAGAACCGGAAUUAUCAACCGUACGCUAUUCGUGUUGUUCAUCUCCACGGAGACGAGCAAAUGGCGUCGCUUAGCCAGGUUAAAGGUCAGAUCUACGGAGAGACGAGCCCACUCAUAAUAAGAAAGACUGUUGUGAGGUAUUUUUAAGCAACAAAAACACCUGAAAUCGAAUCAGUGACAGAUAAAGUUUAACGCCAUUCUGUGGAAUACACUUCAUCUUCAUCUUCAGUCUUAUCAGCAGGUAGCGUAGCCUCCACCAGAGAAGGUACACAGUGCGCCUUUAAAUCGCCACGUCGUUGAAUAUGCGUAGGGUAGCACUCGCCUCAUCGGAGGAAGGUCUCAAGUUCGAUUCCAGGAUUAGCGCCAUCUUUCUGCAUGGAGUUUGCAUUUUCUCCUAGUGUCCUUGUUUUUCCUAUCAACCCAAAUCAAGCACAGUAGAUAAAAAAGUAAAGUACGUACUGAAGGAUGGGUCAAAUGCAGAGGGUGAGUUUCUAUACAAGGAUAAAUGGGUGACAAAUUAAAGAACACAGUUUGGAGCUAUGUCCAAAGUAGGGCUGAACAAUGUUAAGAAAAAAUUGAAUUGCAAUUUUUUUAUAUAUAAUUAUACAUUUGCCAACAUCACAGAAACUUACAUCAUACCAGAGUCCUGCACUGACGAUUUGACGCUGGACCGUUUGCGCACAUUUGUUUACGUUUUACAGAAAUUAAACUUAAAACCACAUGGCUAAUUUGCAUUAAUUAUAAGUACAAAAAAAACCCAGCUCGCUCCUUGUGCUGCUGGUGCAGUUCAGCUUCUGUCAGAGUAAAGGACACGACUCAGUGGAAUAUACUGUAUGUGUUCUUCCUGUGACAGAGGAUGUGCUGCUGAUGGUGAGUUUGUUCUGUGCUUCUAUCGCGUUGGAGAUGGUUCAUGUUAAACUUUACAGCACAUAGACCUCAACGCAAGGCGACGGCAGCAGUGUGCGUGGAGUUGACGCAGAACUAUACUUCGCCCUUAAAAUUGGGCUUUAAGAGCGCUGCAGAAAACCUCGACUUUGACGCUUCCAAAAUCGUGUUGUCUGAGACUGUGAUUUUUGGUCCAAAACAAUGGAUCGUUCAGCCCUAGACCAAAGUCCAGCAGUUUGGCAGGUUGGAUUCUUUUUAAAGUAGUUUUUUUUCUCCACAAUUUCUGAUUAUAUAAUAAUUGAUAGAGAAGAUACAAGAUACAAAAUUACCAAAAGAUCAGGCAUACAAAACAGAUUAUCUCGUGAGAUGUUUUUCCAUGUGUUUCCUUUUGAACUGGACAAAAACCAUUACAUGUUGGUGAGUUACAUCUCUUACAGUUCCAAAAAGCAGUACUAGAAUAGAAACAAACCUAUGACUUUUGAAAAAAAUAAUAAAAAUUGUGAGGCCAAAAUCGUAAACUCAACUGUGAAGUUUAUGAAUUAUGUUAAAAUCUCAUCUUGUCUCGUUCUUGUGGACCCAAUCUCGUAUCUUGUCUCAUCCUUAAUAAUUGGCUUUCAGUAUUACUUUCCUGAAAUGAAUAAUUGUAUUUUAACAGAAAAAAAAAGCAAAAUUUCUUCCAGUGUCUGAACUUUGCUCCAAGAUUUGAUUAAUCAUCAUAAUGCUGGCCCAACGAAAUUGCACUUGCAGCACUGUCUUUUGUUUCAUUUGCACUUAUUUAAAUCAUCUUGCACAUUAUUUUCUUGUUCUGCUUAUCUCAAAAGCUCAUCCCCACCUCGUGAUGUCAUCAGGUGGUAAUCCAGAAGUGCUCCUCUGUGUUUCUAAGGUCCAUACAACUACACCAGCUUAACUCGGAUCACUUCAGCGCUCAAAUUUCCUUCACCGCACAACUACUCACAUCGAUCACGAUCCGAUCCAUGUGACGAUACGGGUUUUGGCGAAAUUGUCUUGUCUAGAGUGUCAAGGUUUCUCUGUUUAAAGCUGCACUAUGUAACUUUUCUGGUGGACGGUGCGUACACUUUUGCUGUAUUGACUUGUCGUUGAAGAUAUGAAAGAUGGAACAUUUAUUUUUGGGGUCACUUCGGUGUCGUGUGUACAUUUUUUAAGCAAUAGUGGUGAGAUUGUGUUCUUUUUGCCGGAAUAAAAACAGAUUUGAGCCUUCGAAAGUUGAAUAAGCGACUUUCCUUGCCUCUUUCUGGUAAUUCUAAGGAAAGAAAAGCAUUAACAAGUCAAGCAGGUAGCGCACCGUCCACCAGAGAAGUCACAAGUUGCAAAUUUGGAACACCAAGGUUUCCAAAAGUAUUUUAUAAGGUAUCAACAACAUUGAUUUUAAGGACCCAAAGUACUCAAAUUAAUACGUUGAAUUUUGCAAACCUUUUCAAAUUCCCACUUUUACCUCUGCUCCCGGUUUAGCCUUGUCCGUCCUGUUUUGUUUUGUUUGUUUUUUACGUGACAACUGUAGAAGGAAUAUCACUGUCUUUUGUGUCUUUAGAAAAUGGAUGUGUAUUUAUUGUGCGUGCGUGCGUGCGGGCUGCGUGUGUGCGCGCGCCUUGACAAAUCCGUGUCCGAGCAGCUAUGCACACGGCGCCCUCUGCUGGUCACCCCGUAGUAACACAAACACUGGACUAAAAGGACAGCCUCAUGCUCUGAUCACUGCUGUACAUAAGAAACUGUAAAUACUGGUUCAGAAAUCAUCUUUGGUUGCCAACUAUAUUAAAAAAUCAAUGGAACUCA